GAGCAGCAAUGGGAGCAGCAGACCCCUAUGUCAAUAAUAUGGCUGGACCGGGUCCUUAUGAUCCAGUAAGGAGCAGAGGACCUUACGAUCCAGGGAUGGGCGGAAUGGGCGGCAUGGGCGGAAUGGGCCCAGGGCCAAAUGGUCCAAUCAGGGGUGCUGGUCCUUAUGAUCCAAGUAUGGGAGCACCCGGUCCAUAUGAUCCAAGUAUGGGAGCAUCCGGUCCAUAUGAUCCAAGUAUGGGAGCAUCCGGUCCAUAUGAUCCAAGUAUGGGAGGACCCGGUCCAUAUGAUCCAAGUAUGGGAGCAUCCGGUCCAUAUGAUCCAGGUAUGGGAGCAUCCGGUCCAUAUGACCCAAGUAUGGGAGGACCCGGUCCGUAUGAUCCAAGUAUGGGAGCAUCCGGUCCAUAUGAUCCAAGUAUGGGAGGACCCGGUCCGUAUGAUCCAAGUAUGGCAGGUUCUGGACCCUAUGAUCCAUCUAUGGGUGGAUCAGGACCUUUUCGACCCUGGUUUUAAUGGUCCUGGAGCAUUCGAUCAAGGUCUUGGCGGACAUGGGCCAAGCAACUCUUAUCCAAGGCAGGGAGGAAUAGGACCUGAUCCUUAUCCUGCAGAUGUCCGUGCUCGGUCGACGUUCUUGCGAGACAGGCUACAGGGACGUCAUCCAUCCCACCAGAUGGCGCUGCACGAGAGGCGGAGAAUGGGGCCGACACAACUACGAUCACAGGUGGACAUGGGGAAUGGAUUUCAAGAUCAUCCACUCAGCCGGAACGAUCCUACUAAUCCUAACACAUUUACAGAGCAUUCCUCUCGUCAGCUGAACCCGACUGUUACUGACACUCAACCUAGAGGCUCCUUUGGUCAACAAACGGGUUUUUCUAAUACCGAUCAAUCAGGUGGACUUUCAGGUAGAUUCACAGGUUCUGCUCAGUCAGUGCUGGAGAGAGGUAGGAAUUCAUUAUCUCAAGGCACUGCAUCCUUCUCAUCUAGAAAUACGGCAGUAGCAGAUCUGGUAGCAUCUCCGAACAGGCAAGCAGAAGGCCAAGUUCAAUCCUCACAAAACUUAGCAGCGGGUGGUACUCUGAAAUCUUCCCUGGUCAGCAGUCAAGCAUUUUCAAGUUCUGGUAUUGGUACUAAUGCGGUACAGGCCUUAGAUGGAAUGACUGACCCAACUGGAGGUGCCGUUGGUCAAACACAAAGCAUGCUUUCUCAGUCAGGAACACAACAGCAGGCUUUAAGUCGUCAAUCACAGUUAGCAUCAGACCACGCUGGAUUUACAUCUAAUAGAAAACCAUCUGCAAACGAGAUGACUCAGAGAAAAAUGUCUCCAGGAAUGUCUCACCAACACAGUGGAAUGAGCCAGGAUUUCGCCAACGUACGUUUGCAGAAUGCUAGACGAGACUUCAGCGAUCCAGGUAUGAUGUCAAGCAGGAUGUCACAAACAUCCAGAGAUGCAUCGUUCCUUUCAGACCAUCCCCGCUCAUCAAUGUCUCAGUCCUCUGACAUGAUGACACGCCCUAACUGGAGAAUGUCAGCAAGAUCCAACUCUCACUUCAAUUCUCACGAUAUGGGAAGAGAAGCAGCACUGAGCGGCUCCAGUAGAUUCCUACAGAGCAGAGACAGACAUCAACAAAUGCGCAGUGGUUCAUCAUUUGGUCAUAAUUCACGGAGGAUGUCUUGGAAUUCACCCGGCUCGUCUGACCGGAUGUCCAGCUUCUCCCACCAGAGCACAUCACCAUCCUUCACAAGGAGCAGGAUGGCCCAGAGAUCCCAGUUUGUCACGCGAAGAUUGGGGAUGCAGUCACCUUCAAGCAUGAACUCCCAGUUUAAUGGGCAGCCUAGGUUUCUGAGUUCGGCUGUUGGUGGCACUACAAAAACAUUUUCAAAGAGACCCACUGUCAAUUCUGUCCAUGAGACACCGGGUGUUGCAGAGACCGGGAAGAAUGGUGACACUUUUCAAUGACAUCUCCUGAUGGCCUUGGAGGAAUAGUUUCGUCCGAUACUAUGUUGACAAAAAAAGAAACGUUAUCGACAUUGGACACUCAAAACGUUUCCAAGUUUGAUACAGUUGGGAGACAUAGGCUGACGCAGGGAACGGCUCUUACUGAAAACGACAUCUUCCUCAGUAAAAGUGAUCUCCAUUUAAACCAGGAUAGAACUACAGGUGUCCGUAACCCGGGUAUUAGGGAAAGCACGCAGGUAGCAAAUGAUGUACUUUCUUCACCAAAUAUUGAAACCGGAGCUCAAGGGCUAUCAUCCGUGUCCCAGCAAGUGUCACACGAUGGCACAUCAGUGAAGGAUACAACGCUUGGGGAAUUCGCAAUAAUAACAUUCCAACGUUCCGGAAAGAUGCCGAGAUGAGGUUAAGCAACAACGGUCUUCUUGACAGUAGCACGGGAACUAUCAGUGGAAGAGACCGGAUUACAGACCCAGUUUCUGAUACUAAUAUCAAGACAGACGCAUUUGCUUUGAGGAAUACCUUACAUGAUGUUGGCCAAACAGAUCUAAACAGAAUAUCAGAGCAAGGUAAACUGUCGUUGAGAAAUGCCGUCGGGGUGAUCCACCACCCAUCGAGGUGACGGCGGUGUCUGCUGGUUUGCUAACAGACCAAACGUCUUCACAUCGUUGGAGACGUUGUGAACAAAGCUCAAGCAAUUGAUGUUGGUGCUGCGUUGUCGGACAGUGGAAAGGCGGUACUACCAUCGUAGAUGGUGGUAAGCUUAGUAAUGCUGAGCUUGCCAGUAGAUUCCGACCUCCUGUAAUAAUAAGAAAGGCGGACAUCAAUACUCCUGUUAGGGACCCACAAAUUGACAAGUAUGGGGGUAGGCUAAGAAUAACACAGUCGCUUGGUACUAACGAGAAGGUCAUGGAGAAGGGAUCUGUCCGUGGUGGAAACCUCCGCCUUGAGCACGGCGUUCCGAGCAGUCAGACAGCUACAAGCGAUAUAGGGGUAAGAAAGGAUGUCAUGAACUCCAGGCAUAUUCAUGGUGUUGAUCAUGCACGUGACGCUAUGGCGCACGACGUUUUCUCUGGAUCACAUUUAAGAUCAAACAGAAAGAGUCGGGAUAACCUACAUGAACUUCAUCUUGCUGCUGAUCAGAGGUUAGGGAGAGCAAGUCAUUUACAGAGUCCAAGGCUAGACAGGUCAUUUAAUGGUGUUGCAGAUACAGGUCUAGGACAAGACGCUACUAUGAUGGGUUCGUCACUAGGUGCUAGUCAUGCUUCAGAUGGCCAUGGUUCUUCAGUUGCUGGUCAUAGAGGAACAGGAACUGCUGAUACGUUGCUGACAAGACGCAGAGCAGGUCUUGACACUCUUACUGGGCACCCAAUGGAAGCUCGGCAUGCAGCGGAUAUGGGUUUCAGAAACGAACGACCAUUUCCUGGCGAUGGCAUGGGUGUAGCCGCUGAUGUCGGGUUUGGCAGCCAGGGUCCUGAUAUGGGCUUUGGGAAGUCAUUGACAGCCGCAACAGACAUGGGGUUUGGAAAUACCGGUCCGUACUCCGGCCCUGAUAUGGGGAUGAGGAACUCAAUGAGUGCAGGUUCCGUAAUGGAUGUAGGAUUUGGGCACACUGAUCAUAUCCAUGGACCUGAUAUGGGAAUGGGUGGUGUCCAGGGGAUGGGUGGUGGUCAUGGGAUGGGUGGUGGUCAUGGGAUGGGGGGUGGUUAUAUAAUGGAUGGUGGUCCGGGGAUGGGUGGUGGCCAUGGGAUGGGUGGUGGCCAGGGGAUGGGUGGUGGUCAUGGGAUGGGAAUGGGAUUGGAUUCACAUCUUUCUACACAUACUAUGGGUGAUCCUAAUGCAAUGGGUCCAGAUCCAUUCUUACUUAGCUUGAUAUAAUGUUGGCAGAUUUGACCACAAAGGUGCGUUUCUUGGAUAGAUUAGUGUUUGGCUGAGAUCACCCCAGUGCACAGAGACCCUAUAGGGUUAUCCUUUGGAUAAAUCAUAAUUUGUCGAUCUCCUAUAAUAUAUAACCUUCCCAUGUCAUCCGCUUCUAUUCUAUGCUGGAACCAAUGAUGUAUAUUUGAAAUAAAGUUGAUUUCUAUAUAAAA